CACACCUGUCACGCACAGUGCCGCAGACUGCCGCCUCUCGCACCACAUCCCUCAGUAUCGCCGCCUUCAACCCUUCGUCCUUGUCCAUGCACGUAUUGUUGUCCUCACGGCUGACAACACUGCCACGCGCGACUAAUUUAGCCACAAUCUAAAUUUACCACAAUCUUCAUCUUCCACCCAACACCCUUCACAGAUGAUACACUCCACCUGGCACCUAACACUGCCACCACCUGAUGAUGCCGUCCCCUAACCCCUACACAGUUAUGUCACGCGCACCUGUUCUUGAUUUUAAUCCCUCAGGUGUGUUUUCUAGGUAAGGAAAACCGCACUAUUUCAUGGCCACCUUGAGCGUGUCGGAGGUGGUGUAACUGAACUGAGCCUUGACAUUCUAUGACUUCUAAUAAACGAAAACAAAAUUUCUUAUUAUUUGUUGUAUAUCGAAUUUGUCUUUCCCUUUCCUGUGGUCUUGAUGUUGUAAUGUGUGGUGCGAUGUAAUACUGCUGUGUGUUGCGGAGAAAUACUUAGCGUCGUGGUAUUGAAGGAACCGCAACACACACACACGGAAAAACCGAAGGCUGGUCUGAGCUGGGUGGCAGUGAGUGUCGAGGAAAAGAGGGAAAAUGUGCUGUGUGAUGUGCCGCCGAUCGGAGGCGCCUUAUAUAGCCUCCCUGCGGCCUGUAGUAUCCCCUCGUGGGCUGGAACCGGAGCCGUGCUGGGAAGAGAGUGAGUUCGUGCUGUCGUGCCUUCAAGCCCACAACCUGUACCGUGCCCGCCACUCCUCCCCGCCCCUCACUCUCUCCAACAAGCUGUGCCGGAUGGCUCAAGAAUGGGUGAACCAGUUGGCGCACACCGGCACGCUACGGCAUCGUGGAGAUCCUGAACUUGGCGAGAACCUCUUCUGCAGGAACACGGCGCUCAUCUUGCGGGGCCGUACCUCUGUCAUGCCGGACAUUACAGGUGAAGAAGUGGCAGCCUAUUGGUACAGCAGCGUCCGGCAGUACAGGUUCAAUAGGCCGUCCAACAAACUACAGGCCAGCCAGGUGUUGCCAGCUCACCCUUGCUCACCGAGGUGGUACUCCCGCGCAGGGCCGUUCACGCAGAUGGUGUGGCAGAGUAGCAGCGAGUUUGGAGUGGGCAAAGCGAGGAGCAGGUCAGGCAAAAUCAUCGUGGUGGCGCAUUAUUCCCCUGCAGGUAACAUAGAAAAUUACUUCAAAGAAAAUGUGCACCCGCUCAGCACUCGCGCUCUGGCUGCCGAGAUCCUGGGCCAGACUCCCUCCACGGUGGAGCUGGAAGGAGUUGACGGACGGACGGUGGAACGGGUAAUGCGCGUGCUCGCUGCCCAACCACCUCGCCUGGUGGGCCGCAACGCUACCAAAGUUAUCGCUGCUCAUCUUCUUGGUCACACGGCUUCUCUGGUGAACACCCCUGACGAGGAACUUCGCGUCGUCAUUAAUAGACCAGUAAGUCGCAAGCGCAGAGGAUUUAAGAGAAGGUCUUCAGAAGCAGGUCGGACAGCCUCUGAAACUACUUCCUUCAAUGUCCUCGGUGGUCUUCCUGAUCUCUCGUGCUGCCCAACGAGGUUCAGGUUCAGAGCACGAGCGUCCGUGUCUCCAGCAGACAUUCAGUCGAGUGUGAUACAUGACCCUUCAGAAGGUGGUGAUCGCGAGGGUGAAAUGGCAAGCCCCUCUAGAAACUGGCUGCAACCUCAUAGUGCGGAGGGCUCAAAAGGCGGGGCUGAUGAAGGUCCGACGGAAGUGAUAGAACUACAGAGGGGAGAUUUAGGCACCCCUUCAUCGGAUGUUGAGGUGAUUAGUUCCUUAAGCUUUAGUGCCAGUCCUAAAUAUUCCUCGUCUAGAUCUAAGAAACCUCGUUUAAAGAAGACUGGGCUGCAGAACCCUAACAAUUCAGACUCGAGUACGGACCUUGAGGUCAUUAGAAGGGAAUCCUUUGAUUCUGUAGAUUCUCAAUCACACCCGGAACCUAAGUCUGGGAUCCUGCGACGAGAUACAAGUGUGAAAGAAAACAACGAGUCUGUACGUGAUGGAGUGACGGACUCUGGUGUAGACAAACACAGCAAAGGUCUCAAACUUCCUUUCGAAGUAAAGAAAACUGAAUAUGGGCAACUGAACUACUACGCACUUAGUCCUAUGCGCUACUAAGUGGCCUGCCGUCGGUCUGACCAUCAGUUACAAAGAAUAUAAACAUUGCUGACAGAGGUACACGUAGGUAUCAUGAUUUAUCGAAUCGAUAUAAUUUCAUUAACUUCUUUCGAAGCAUAUUUCAUUACAUGGGAAUGAGUGACGUCAAAAUGGUGUGUGAAUCAAAUUUCCAAGUGAAAACAAAUCUCGUGAAAAUGAACUUGGCGGCGGUUGUUGAUGUGAUAAUUUCCAGAGUGUUGCUGUUGUUGUUAGUUAAGAAACUUGUUAUUACGUGCCUGAAAUGUGCCAAGCUAGAGCCUUUCUUCAUGGUCUCGGGAGGCAAGGUUUUGUGGCAAGCAUCCAUCGUCUCUCUUUUGUUAUGUACCUUCCAUUUCCUUACAGUACUUGUCCUCACGUGUAUAAAUACAUCCCAUGCUAAGUUAGCUCAGCUCACCUCAAGUCAUGUGAAUGAUGGUUGCCACAAAAGACAAAACUUGCCAUGCACGCUUCUCUAUGCAAUACAAAUUAUUCCUGUAUGAAGUUAAUCAACAUUUUAUAACUGCCUUUGCGAUCUCCAAGUGGUAGUUUUAUUGGAGUGAAUCACGUAUUUACGAGUAUUUACAGUUCUCAUAUAAUCGGUUCUUAAGAAUUCCCAAACGAAGUCUUGGUGAUAAUAUUUAUACAUUAAGGAUAUAUAAAGGUUAUUCAUAUCGUGCAUCUCCAUUACUUCUUUUAUAUCAUUUAUCUCUACAUCUAUUUUUACAUAAAACCAGUGAAGGCAGUUCACAGCUUUUUUGUCUGUCGGCUCGGGACGAGAAUGUGAUGUUGGCAUAAUAUAUUUUCAUGUGCAGAUACAUUUAAGUGCCUUGCAAAUUAAAUGUAUCUAAAGAAUCAAAUUUAUAUUGUUGUUACUGUUAAACUUGUUAUUCAGUGUAAGAUAAUUAUUCAACUUUUUUUUCCAGUAUUGAAAUACAUAGGUUGCCUUAUACACGGAAUGCGACCCAAUGAGCACAUAAUGAAACCAACGGAUACUCUUGUUUUGUGUCGUGACGAUGAGUUGUACGUGUGUUAGGCAGAGGAUGACUGAUAGUACAGGGUUUUGAAAUCUUCUCUUAGUUUGUUUACACUAUUAUGACUAGUGACUGAGGCUGUGUAUGUUCAUAUCAAUGUGUUAACCUUAACUUUAUUUCAAACUAUUGUACUAUUUUUUUUAUGUUGCCAGACAGUACUGCUCGUGGUGGUGUAGCGGCUGCCUAGUUUGGGACAAGGGAACAGUUUUUUUCCGUGUAAAAUUUGGAUAGUAAUUGAUGAAUUAUUAAUGUAAUGACGUUCCUUCAAGAGUUACUCACCUUGUUCAAUCUUUCAGUUAUUGUUGGUCAAAUUGUAUGUCAAAGGCCGGCAAAAUAAGAAUUUGCAUGACUCAUAUCUUUACUAGAUUUUAUAGCGUACCAGUUAAAAGAAUUGAUAAUGAUAAUACAUAAGCGUCCAUCUUAUCAAAAUCUAGCAGUUUGAAUCAAAAUAUUUCGUAUUCCUCGUGACGUUUUGGCUUUUUCUUCUUCUUCUUAUAAGGAGGUUCACAUAACAUGGAACUCAAGCCCCAGAAAUGCCGAUAUGUCGUGUACACAAAUCACUCAGAUACGACGAACCGGAAAUUGAUUGACGAACGAAAAUCUAGCUAUACAGACUGUACCGUGGUUGUUAUGACAGACUAUAGCACUGCGUUUCUUAGGGACUUGUUGUUAAUUAGAUUCAACAUUUACUAAUUUUCCAGUACUUUAUAGUUUAAUGUCUGAAUUAUCGUAGGCUACUCCAGAUCACGAGCUGUCAUAUGUAUUGCCUUUGCAUUGGGUCCUAGUCUGACUGAAAUUGUUCUUUAAUGACGAAUUUUAUAUUUGAAUCACAUCAAUAGCAUAGAAAGCUCACUCAUUUCGUCUAGGACUAGGUAAUCAGAAGAAAAUAAGCCUCGCGAUGGUAUCGUGAAAUGGUACACUACUUGGUUCACCGUUCAACCGCUGAGUGACAGACAAAAUAUUUUAUAUAUACACAUUCAAAGCAAACACUAUGAUUACUGAUAGUGAUAUUGAGGAAAACACAAAUAUUAAACUUUUAUAACUUAUCAGAGACGACAGCCAAAGUGUUUUCUGUGAUUCUGUGCCCGAUUGGAGAUGUAUAGCGUUUUUCCCGUUAACCCUAGCUGUGCCAUAAUAUGACCUAAGCUGCUGCGGCGCCUAGUGGAAUAAAUUCCAAUUCCUGUGAUUCUGUGUAUUCAAACUUUCGCGGCGAAGACAGUCAGACAGCUGACAGGCGUGAGGCGUCCCGUAUGCUGCUGCCUGCCAGUGCCGCAGCCACACCGGCCAGUGUUUGAGUUCGCACGUGGCGACGUAACUAGCUUAUUGCUGAAGUGAACACAAGUUGUGUGUACACAUCUUAAAUACAUCUAACUAGUGAAACGAGGCUUGCUUAAGCAACUGAAAUACGCGUAACGUACUGGAAAUAUGUAAGGAAUCAAUGUGUUGCAUGUAGGAAAAGAAAAAAAAGAAAAACACCAUCUCGGUAUGGUCUAUGGAGUAACGAAUCCCUCUUCUGUCCAGUGUGGCGAGUGCCUGCUGGACGAAGUAUAACUGCUGCUUACUGAUGUGACCGUACGCAGAACUUCGUCGUCUCUGAGUGUUUGGUAUGUACCAUCAGUGACAUUAUUGAAUUAAUACUAACAAGUAAGGUAUCGCUACCGCUCGGUCUGCCUGUGCACCAAAGCACUCACUGGCCACUGCAGCGGACUGACCGCCCGGAGUGAUUCCUCACACGAUUGAGUCAAAGGCGCCUUUCAUAUUUUAUGCUUGAGCAGAUUGUGCCUCGUGUCUGAGGUCAGUACUGUGAUUACCUCCUUCACAUGAACCAAAGUUAACAGAAUAUCUACAUGAUAUAAACACCAGGAUUGAUGAAUCGGCCAAAAUAUGACAGCAUUUGCCCACAGCUCGUUAUAGAGACAGAGUACAAGUAACAAUGUAGCUAACAACGAUGAGCGAUACCAGCUAUACUG